AUGACUCAUGCCUCCGCAGGUUACCUCUCCGUCUGGCAGCCGCGGUACCGCAUACGGCAGUUGCCUUCCUGCGACUUGGCGCAGCCCCUUUCGACCGUCGCAUGGUCGUCGCCUGGCCCAAGGCGGCUGCUUAUCGAGGCAGCGAGGCCGGUAGUGCGGGUGCCGCGGCGCCCGGUUGUAGCGGCCAGCAUCAUGAACAAGGACCUCGCCUAUCGCAAUCAGAUCGAGAUGCUCUCCGAGUCGGCGUCGCCGCUCAUCGCGGAGCUCUUCCCGGCGGCGACGAGGGGCAAGGCGUCAGCCAAGAAGAUCGAGACGGCGGGUGCGCACUUUCGCAAGCAGAUGGACGCGCUCGCGGCCACCAUCGGCCGGUGCGCGGAGCCGCACUACAUCCGCUGCAUCAAGCCCAACCUCAAGAAGCGGCCCGCUGACUGGGACGCGCAGCUCGUGGCGCACCAGGUGCGCUACCUCGGCAUUGUCGAAAACGUGCUGAGCCCGGCAGACUCGUGCGCCGCCAUCCUCGCGGCGGCGCACAUUGUCAAGGCGGGGUACGAGCUCGGCAAGACGAAGGUCUUUUCGCGCGCGCCCGCGUCCGUGUUCACGCUCGAGGACCGGCGCAGCCGCGCGCUGCACGACGUGGCGCGGAUCCUGCAGGGCGCGUACCGAUCCUUCGCCGCGAGGAGGUACCGCAUCAAGCUGCGCGAGAAGAGCAUGGCCGUCUUUGAGGGGCUGAAGCGGCGGCGGGGCUCGUGGAGGCUCCCCUUUCUCGGCGACUACCUCGACGCCGCGGAGGCGCCAGAGGUGACGCGCAUGCUGCUCAAGGCGGGCGAGGCAAGGGUGUACUUUGCCGACCGCAUCACGCACGUGAACCGCAACGGCAAGGCCCAGGAGCGCAUCCUCCUCAUCAGCGACCGCUCCGUGUACUUGCUCGCCCCGACCAAGUGGAGGGUCAACGUCCGAGCGGCAUUUGACGAGCUCGAGGGCAUCUCGCUCUCCACCUUUGCCGACGGCUUCAUGGUGGUGCACGUCGGCGGCGGCGCCAAGGGCGGCGGCGCCGCGCUGCUGCUGCAGGUGCAGCGCAAGGCUGAGGUGGUCACGAUGCUUGUGCAGGAGGCGGGCGCCAGCGUGGUGUGCAGCGACACGAUCGAGUUCCGCAGCAAGCGGGCGGGCAUGUUUGAGACAUCAGCGACGGAGACGCGCACAAUCACCUUUGUGGAGUCGGCCGCGACGGCGGGGUCGGCAGCGCUGCUCGACGAGAAGAGCGCGGCGACAGGGCAGAUGAGGGUGCUCGUGCCGCCGGUCCUCGGAAGCAAGGCGGAGCUGCAGAUCGGGAAGGGGGGCGCAGCCCCUGCGGCUUGA